AGUCAAUUUUCACUACAAAAAAAAUUAAACCCGUUUCUGUUUUACUAUCUUUUUCUUCUUUCUUCUUCGAUUUUGUGGUCAUCGUCAAUGGCCACAAACUCAGCCCUCUCUUGGCAUCCCUUGCACCCCAAAACCCGUCUUCCACUCCGCCACCAACGGCUGCCCCUCUGCCGCGUCCAUGCCGUCACCGUCCGCGCCUUCCAACGCAGCGACUUCGACCGCUUUGCCCGCCGGAUGAUCUCCGGCGAGGCCUGGAGAGAUGCCUGGAGCAGCGCCAACGGUGGAUUUGAGCAACUCGUGUUUGAAGCUAAGAAGACCGCCGAGCGUAUCGACCGCCAGUACGCCGUGUCCCGCAGACUCAGCUCCGCGGCGCGCGCAGCCUCUGACCGUGCACGUGAGAUCGAUCGGGAGUUUAAAAUUAGCGUGCGGUGGAGGGCUCUUAGUAUGGAUUUUAGUAGAAAUUGGCCAAGGUACAGGAAGCAGCUUAAUGAUUUUCUGGAUACUCCAUUGGGAAGAAGUUUUGCUACAAUUUUCUUCCUCUGGUUUGCAUUAUCUGGAUGGCUAUUUCGGAUCUUUUUCUUCGCUGCAUGGGUCCUUCCACUUGCAGCACCUCUUCUGAUUGGGACUGUGGCCAAUAAUUUUGUCAUUAAGGGAUCUUGUCCGGCUUGUAAGAGGCAGUUUGUUGGUUACAAGAACCAGGUAAUUCGAUGUACAGGCUGUGGAAACAUUGUGUGGCAACCGGAAGGUGACUUCUUCUCAGGGGGUGGUAAGGGCAAGACUACGUCAAAGUCGAUGGAGACAUCAUCGAUGUUGAGUUUGAAGAAAAAUGACAAGCAAUGCCAAAGCGAUUGUAACCGUUGGUUCAUUCUGCUGCACGAGCUCAAACCUGGCAAAUGGAAA